AUGUCCCUCGGGGGGACCACAGGCGACAACACGCGCCUGCUUCGGAAGGCUCCAGAGGAGGAGGAGGAGGAGGAGGAGGAGGAGGAGGAGGAGGAGGAGGAGGAGGAGGAGGAGGAGGAGGAGGAGGAGGAGGAGGAGGAGGAGGAGGAGGAGGAGGAGGAGGAGGAGGAGGAGGCGAUGCAGGCGGAGGGCGUGCGGAUGGUGGCCGUGGCAACUGGCCUGGAGGUGCUGUACCAGGAGACCCCCAACUACCGCGGAGCAGCGGCCGAGGCUGACCGCAUGAUCGAGCCAAGAGAGACGGCUAGGCAUGCCUGGCGAGUGCCAGACCUGGGCGUAGAGCCUGUUGCUAGUGCUGCAGAGGAGGCGGUUACUGAGGGGGCUACACACCUUCCGAAUUACUAG